AUGAAUAAUGUGAGUAGGGAGCUGUUGAGUGGAAUCAUGUAUGCUUCAAGUGCACACAAGGUGUGGGUAGAUCUAAAUGAGAGGUUGGAUAAGGUUGAUGGAUCUAGAGUUUUCCAUCUGCACACAGAGAUAAACAAUUUGACUCAGGGCACAUCUUCUGUUUCAAGCUAUUUCUCAAAGAUGAAGGAGCUAUGGGAGGAAUUUGAUGCCCUCAUGCCAUGCCCUGGGUGUGAAUGUGUAGAAUCGAAGAAAUAUAUCGAGCAUUAUGAGUACCAGAGACUUUUGCAGUUCCUAGUGGGACUGAAUGAUUCCUAUGUGCAAUGUCGAAGUCAAAUCAUGAUGACAAAUCCAAUUCCAAGCUUGAACAAGGCUUACUCAAUGGUGAUAUCAGAAGAGAGUCAUAGAUCACUGGGGAAGGCAGUACAUGUAGGUGAAUCUAUGGAUGGAACAACUUUGUUUAGCAACAGGAACAAAAUCACUGGAAAUCAAAGAAGUCCUGGUGGAAGCUAUAAGGAUGUUGAGAACAAUUUUAAGCCAAGGAAGAAAAGUGAUUUCUAUUGUGAUCAUUGUGGAAUGAGAGGUCAUACAAUUGAAAGAUGUUGGAAGGUGCAUGGGUACCCAUCAGACACUAGAGGAAGGAGAAGAAUGAGAGGAAAUCAAAAUGCAUCAGGAGGAUUCAAUACAUCAGCUAAUGCAGUGAAGUAUGAAGAGCAACAAGCUCAAGAAAAGGACCCUCAUCUAAGUAUGGCAAAUGCUAAUGAAACAGGUCGCAAAGCAGGCAUCAUGUUUACUCAAGAUCAGUAUGAACAACUGAUAAAGUUGAUCAACAAGGACAAUGUGAUAGAUGGAAAAAAUGUGAUAGGUAUACUUCAUUCUUUCCUAGCCAAACAUAACAUUGAUUAUGUUAAGUGGAUAGUAGAUUCAGGAGCAACUAAUCACAUGACUUACAACAAAAACCUGCUUAGUGACAUUAGAAGAUUAGAUGACAGAUGUCCAAGAAAGGUCUAUUUGCCAGAUGGUAAUGCUACUGAAGUAUCAUGCAUUGGUUCUUGUGAUUUGGAAUAUGGGAGCAAGGUUACUAAUGUCUUUGGGAAGGUGAAGGGGAUUGGUAGAGUUGUUAAUGAAUUGUACAGGAUGCAGUUGCAGCUGAAGGAUUUUCAGAAAACUAUGGUGGCAACUGUACAGUCCAAAAUUGCUGAUGCAGGAGAAGACUUAGCAGUUUGGCAUCAAAGGCUGGGUCAUUCUCCUGACAAAGUACUGGAGAAGAUACCAAACAUGAAGUUUAAUUCAAGUAGUAAUAGUAGUAGUAGAAUAAAGGAUUGUACCAUUUGUCCAUUAGCUAGACAAAGGAGAUUGUCUUUCCCUACCGGAAACAAUAGACUUGCUACACCUUUAGAGAUUAUACAUGCUGAUGUAUGGGGACCUUAUAGAGUGUGUAAUCCUGAUGGGAGCAGAUAUUUCCUUACUUUGGUUGAUGAUCAUAGUAGAAUGACUUGGAUUUUUUUGUUGAAGUUGAAGAGUGAUGUAAUUGUCAUAUUGAAACAACUUUUUGCAUUAAUAAAACCUCAGUUUAGUGCAACUGUCAAAGUGUUUAGAAGUGAUAAUGGUACAGAGUUCUUUAACUCAGAAUGA